UCACGCGUCGCUGCCUUCCUGCUCUGGGAACAUUGAAAGGCGGUGUGGUGGUGGUGGGCAACGAGACCACCAUUGAUGCUGGACAGGGAUUCAAUGUCAAUGCCACAGAUGUGCUGGAGGCAUCCAAGAAAUCAAAUGUGUUUCUUGAAGCUCGCGAGGUGGCCAUGAGAAUCUUUGAGGAUUACACUCAGUCUUGGUACUGGAUAGUGCUCGGCCUGGUGAUCGCCAUGGUCGUGAGCUUGAUUUUCAUCGUCCUGCUGAGAUACUUAGCUGGCAUCAUGGUCUGGGUCAUGAUUGUCCUGGUUAUUCUUGUCAUCGGAUACGGGAUUUUCCAUUGUUACAUGGAAUUUGCGAGUCUGAAGGGAGAACCGGGUGCUGACGUUACUAUCCGUGACCUGGGCGUGCAGACAGACUUCUCUGUGUAUCUGCAGAUCAGACAGACAUGGCUGGCCUUCAUGAUCAUCUUGGCUAUUGUGGAGGUCAUCAUCAUCCUGCUACUCAUCUUCCUCAGGAAGAGAAUCCUUAUUGCCAUCGCCCUCAUCAAAGAGGCCAGCAGAGCCAUUGGGUAUGUGAUGUCAUCACUCUUCUACCCCUUGCUGACUUUUGUCCUCUUGGCUGUGGUGAUAGCUUACUGGGCGAUCACUGCUGUGUUCUUGUCCACCUCUAACGAGCAGGUGUACAAAGUCUUCAACAAUUCUGAGUGUGAGUACUCAAGGGAGAUCUGCGACCCCAAGACCUUCAACACCUCCAACAUGUCGGCUCAGUGUCCUGAUGCUGAGUGCCUGUUUGCCUUCUAUGGUGGGGAGACCCUCUACCACAAAUACCUCAUCCUCUUCCAGUUCUACAACAUUUUCCUCUUCUUCUGGUGUGCCAACUUUGUGACUGCCCUGGGCCAGGUCACUCUCUCUGGAGCCUUCGCCUCAUAUUACUGGGCCUUCAAGAAGCCUGAAGACAUUCCCGCCUACCCUAUCUUCUCCUCACUGGGGCGAGCCCUCCGAUAUCACACAGGCUCCCUGGCUUUUGGCUCUCUGAUCCUGUCUCUGGUCCAGGUCAUCAGGGUCCUUCUGGAAUACCUGGAUCAGAAGUUGAAAGGUGCUCAGAAUAAAUGUGCGCAAUUCAUACUAAAAUGCAUGAAGUGCUGCUUCUGGUGUCUGGAGAAAUGUAUUAAAUUCCUGAACAGGAAUGCAUACAUCAUGAUUGCCAUCUACGGAAAAAGUUUCUGUCCUUCAGCUCGAGAUGCUUUUUUCCUUCUCAUGAGGAACAUUAUUAGGGUUGCUGUUUUAGAUAAAGUGACGGACUUCCUGCUGUUCCUUGGGAAGCUCCUUAUUAUUGGAAUUGUUGGGAUCUUCUCUUUCUUCUUCUUCUCUGGAAGAAUCAGAGCAGUAGAGGAGGCUGCUCCAUCUCUAAACUACUACUGGGUGCCGAUUCUGACAGUUGUUGUUGGAUCGUACCUCAUCGCCCAUGGCUUCUUCAGCGUGUACGCCAUGUGUGUGGACACACUGUUCCUCUGCUUCUGUGAGGACUUAGAAAGAAACGACGGCUCGUCUGAAAGGCCUUACUUUAUGUCCCCCGAGCUGCAUGAGAUCCUCUCCAAAGCAAAAGGGCUGGAGGAAGAUGGAGUUGAUCAAGCAGAUUCUGCAAAAGAAGCAGAUGAGGUAAAAGUGGAAGAGGAGACCCCUCUCCAGCAGGAGCCCGAUGGAGAGAUCCAGCUGAAACAGCAGUCUGUACUUAAGCAGGACAAUGAAGAGGAGCAACCUCUCCAGACCAAGGCGGAUGCUGAAGAUCUGAAAGAGGAAAAUAAUGAAGAACAGAAAGUGAUUCAGAUAGAGGAGGUUGAAAAGAAAGAGGAGGUGGAGGUGAAAAAAGAAGCUGAAAAACAGGAGUUGAUACAGGAAGAAAAGACAGAGAAGGCAUCAUCUCCAUCUGUAGAGGCUGAGAAGGAGGUGACUGAAGAAAAGAAAGAGGAAAUAAAAGAAGAAAAUCCUCCCCCCGUAUCACAGGAAUAGGAAUAGAUGUUUGAUGUCAGAGCAAAAACAAAUCAAGCUUGUUAAACCUCAUAAAGCAUAACGAAUGAAAAUUGUACCUACAACUAUGUGAUAUGGACCUGUUAAAUGUACAGCAUAUAAAAAAAGCUGAAAAUGUCUCAAUGCCUGCUUAAGAGUGGUGUGAUGUUGUGCUGGAGAAGGUCUCGGUUGUGUUGUGAAGGAUAAAGCAGGUCAAAAGCCCAGUGCAUCCCUGUAGCUUGAAAAAACAUGCUUUCUUAUGUCAGUUUAAGAACAGUGUUGGUUUUAUAUUGUGAAGAUCUGUGGAACGUUGUGAGUGCUGAACCUGUGCCUGAUUACUGUCACUAAUAUUUGUUGUUUGAAUCCUGUUAAUGAAUGCACUACAGAACCACUCAGCACCGUGUUUACAGUCAGAACAAACUCUAUCAACGAUGGUGAAUCUCCUUCACUGUUUACAAUAAUACCAGCUGACGCCAAAAGGUUACAGACAUAUUUGAUAUACUUUAUGAAUAUUGGAUUUUUUUUUUUCCUAUGGAACUUGUAUAUAUACAGUAGUGUAUGUCUUAUGUAUUUCUUGGCUCAGGGCUAGUAAAGACUCGAGCCAAGAUGAAAUCCCAUGUAUUGUAUUGCCACCUACUUGCCUUGGUAUUUCGGACUGGUGCAAGUCCUGUGUUUGUGUUGCCAUGACGCAGGAAUCAUGACCUCUCUGCAGACUCCACCGCCCCCCGCCCUCCACACUUGUACAUUGAUCCUACUUGCCUUGUUCUGGCCCUGUCCUCUUUGUCUCUCUCUCUCUCUCUCUCUCUCUCCCUCUCUCCCUCUCUCUCCCUCUCUCUCUCUCUCUCUCUAAGUGCUGCAUGGUGUUUACAUGGCCUUCUGAAUGCUCUGAACUAACAUCUUAAAUCGCUGGAUGCUUUUGUACUUUUUUUCUUGUUUGUCACUUUGUGAAAUAUGUAAGUUGAUUUUCCACUGAAAUUACCGAUGACAUUCCGUAUUUAUUGGAUGUUAAUGUCAAUUAAAAAUGGUUGCAUUUAA